UGAGAAGAGCAGGAGGAACAACAGAACCGAACCGUGCAGUUUAGUACCAGACUGUACUGUGCAGUACGCUGCAUCGGUAGCACUGCUCGUGAGAGGUGACACGGAGCUGUGGAAACAGGUCUGUCUGAAAAUGAAGACUACGAGUACUGCAAUCAACAGACUGUUUGGAUCUACUCGAAGCAAAUUAAUUCUACUUGCCAUUGUAAUUGGCGUGGGUCACCUUCUGGUGUACAACACGUCUUGCGAAACAUGUAACUCCCUGUUUACUUCGUUCCGCAACAAGACGGUUGUCUUGCCAGCACUCGCAGGAACGUUUCAGCCUUCAAGAGCGGACAGCGUUCAGACUGAUGAUCUGGCCAGCCCGAAUAUCACCCUGCCUCCUGUACAGCCUCUGCCGGAGAACUCCAGCUCAGAUGUGCGGUGCAGAGCUCGUCUUUUAUCGGGCAACAACAGAUCUGGUGGAUUCAUAGAUCUUUCUGCUGGAGUAAUAACAGGAGGAUCAAAUGGCAGACUAGGAAACAACCUUAUGGAAUACGCCACCAUUUUCGGCAUGGGAAUCAAGUACAAUAUGACCGCCGUGGCAACACCGUACCUGCUUCGCCGGAUAGCGCGAGUUUUUCCACAUACAUCCAUGCCAGUGGUAUCGGACGACUGUGUGAAAAACUUCACAACCAUUUCUCCAGAAAACUUCGAAGCGAUGAACGAUACUCAGAGAAGGAAGGGAAAGUGGAAUAUUUCUUACUACUUGCAUCGAAUCAGAACUUUCUGGUACUAUCGUGAAGAUCUUUUUAAGGAAUUCCGAUUCAGGCAUGACCUGACGAAGUACGCCAACGUGCGCCUGCACAGGGUGGCGGCCGGCAGGAGUGACGUCACCUUUGUCGGAGUUCAUGUUCGAAGGACAGACUUCGUCAAACAUAUGCAGAACGUCUUUAAUGGCCAUCUCGUGACCGCGUCAUUCUUUCAUUCGGCGAUGAGCCUAUGCAGGAAGCGGUAUAAUAACCCAGCAUUCAUUGUAACCAGCGACGACAACCCAUGGUGCAGACAGCACCUGAGUGCGCCCGACGUGCACUUUCUGGGCGAUCCACGCAGCGAGUCCCCCGGCGUGGAGCGGGACCUGGCCCUGCUGGCCGCCUGCAAUCACACCAUCUUCGACUAUGGCACCUACGGCUUCUUCGCCGCAUUCCUGGCAGGUGGAGAUAUGAUUCUGGCCGACGGGGUCUCGGAGAAAGAGUCAGAAAUGGUAACCGAGCUCAGGGAGGGCAAAAUCAACGCCACAUUCAUCGACGGAAACGGACGAGUGCUCCCAACAUGCGUCCGCUGCUCGUGACGUCGACAUCAUGACAUCCUUGCUAUUUAUGAAUACUUAGGUAUCUUCUAUGACGUACGUACACAUUUACUGCCGUGAAAAGUUAUUUUUGUGUAUCACAUGUUUUAGCUAUGACGUUUUUAUCAACUGUUGGUUUUACUAGAGUACGCAAUAAAUGUAGGUACUAAGGUAACGUCGUCGUUGUUAGGUCGUCGCGUCGAUCACCGAUGCAUCCAACUUGUAGAUGGCGGCCCAAUCUUUGCGCGCUGGGCCAGGUAGGUGGCGCGGCCGUUUCUCAGACCCACGGUCAGCGAUAUGCUGUCGCCAGUAACCACUGCCAGUGCCGGUCAGCUGAGGCUGGGGAUCGCUACGCAUAUCAUAAUCAGUGGGCUGAGUAGUCACGGGUGGCUGGUUUCCAUUGGGCUCUGCCAGGUUCUGUUGUGCGUCUUGAUACGAGCCCUGGCGCCAGGUGCACGCACUGAACCAAGUGAAAUUUGUCGGGGGUGUUUCCACUAACAAGGUCGUGGUACUGAUGGUCUCAAGGUAAGGAUUCCAGCGAUCAGAAGUUUGGAUGCGGCCUGAAUACCCCGGCUGUCAGACCAGCAGCUGUCCGGUGGCAGAGCGACAGAACCGGCAGCUGUCAGCUGUCAGAGCUGUCAGAUCGUCCAGUCAGACCCGGACCGAGCUCUCUCCGCUCCACUCUAGUGGGAGCGAGGAUGACGGCCAUAUAGCAUCUAUACUUCUGGGCGCUGACUGAAACCUUAAUCCUGACACCAAAAGUGCUUUUUGCGCUGGAGAAGAAUUCUGAAACGCUCAAGCUGUUAUGUAAAGAAAGAUUGCAAGCGUAACAUUUAGAAUCGAUAUAGGUACAGUCCACAGCAGAAGUAAUGUGGGGUUUCAGUCAUGGGUAAUGGGUAUGUUCUGCUUCUGAAGCUUAGGAACGAUUAGCCAGACAACAAUGAAACUUUGAAUGUAGCUUAUAUGUAUCGUCACCCUUGCAGCUGCAACUUUAGCUAUUGACAUCUUCUUUUCGAUCACUCCGCAUUAACCCUAUUAGUGGCAGGCUCCUGGCUACCCCCUAUUAGUGGCAGGGGGGGCUGUUUACGACCCCCCCCCCUGAUAUCUCGAGAUCUAACGGGCCGAUUUUCAAAAUUCAAACGGCAUUCGAUUUCGCUCAACGAGAUCUACAUUUCUUAAAAAAAUAAAAUUAAAAAAUGUCAAUAGGGGGGUAGAGGGGGUAAAAACGGGCAAGAUACAUUUUAGACUGUUUAUCACGGCCAGGUUUCUGAACCAAUCUUAACGCAACUUUUGCCGAUCGAUAGAGAAUGAACCAGGAAUUCACAUGGAUCCUAAAAAUAUGCAUUUUCAAAAAUCAUAGGCGGAUACAGAUCACUGAGAUUGGGGGUACACAAAAAGUAUAGUAAAUAAGGUUUUUGUUGGUACUGUUUCUAAAAAGGGUGGCAAUGGUCUUGUUAGGUAUGUUACAAUUUUCUUAUGAGAGAACGACUAAAAUUGUAUUGGUCAUGCAUAGGCGGUGUCAGGGCACCUAUGUUGGGAGGUAAAGAAUAACCCCCUUUUGGACGCCUGGAUCCGCCUAUUAUAGCAAAAACGUGUCAAAAGAGGAUGCACAAUAACUUUGUAUAUGUUAUCACAUGAUACCUUUCAUUCACUGUUCGUAAAACUGGUGCAGCAUCGUGAUCUUCGCCCAAAUGACUCGCUUCACGAAUAGGACCCCCCAAUUCCCAGUGCUCUGGAGCCGCCCCUGGUAAAGUUAUGAACUUGAAAUUUUCAGGGAAUGUGCCCAAUUUAGUUUUAGGAAAAGUCAGACAAUUUCAGCAUCGUAGCUUCAGCGGUUUCGGAGAUAUUCCCGAAAAACCUGAGGGGUGGAUAAAAACAACCCCCCCCCCCCCUGCCACUAAUAGGGUUAAACAAUCGCCAGUCAAAGCCAACCGUUGAGAUUGGUAAAACCCUACAUUACUUUAGCGGUGGGCUGUACGUAGUUCAUAUGUAUGUAUGUACUAUGUACCUAGAAGUGUUUGGUGAACUUGCGUGCAUGGCUUAGCUUUUGUCCUGUGCAAGAGCCACAUUAUAAGGAGAAGUACUAACAGUAACGGCGACUAUUUUUUAAUUAUUAUGUUAAUUUAUUUUAUUUUAUUUUGUUUUAAUUCUAUUUAAUUUUAUUUAAUCUACAACUGACUUACAUACUUUACCGAAGUACUUACAAUGGACUUGUUGUGGGGCGCUCCAUGUUAUGCGAAUAAAUACAUAAAAUUAACUCUA